UUUAAUUCAUUAAAUUCGUUAAAAUCUCUAGAUCAAAUAGAUUUUACUAAAAGGAAAGUUUGAAGACGUACAAUAUUUUAAUGUCGUGUUAUAAACUCUGAUAUUUUAUAUAGAAAACUAAUAAUAUCUUAAAUUUAGACAAGAGUGUAUGUUUAGAUUGAUAAUAAUAAUUAAUUUUCGCGUAAUAAAAGGAUCCAGAGCGUUGCCUGAUCAUACGUUUGUACACUCAUCAGGAAUCAGUUCAUGCGUGUCGACGGUUUACGUCACGCGCAAAGUCUAUUUUACCGACUUUUAAAAUUGAAUUUUUAUAGGACAAGGAACAAUGACUAUCACUACAUCAACUUCCCACAAUUACGAGAAAGCAAGGACACAGUUCAUAGAGAGAAUAUCACUAGUUCUCUUAUUGUUGACAAUUAACGAGACUUCGUCUGUCAGAGUUUGCAACUCCUCCUCCGAAAACUGGCAGUCCCGGAUUGGUAUACUUAUUUCUCCAACCAUUUCGAGAUCAAAAAUUCGGGAGAUAGAGAUAUACUGGAACAAUGUAAAUAUCACGCCCGGAGAUGAACUUGCACUCUUCGAACAAGAUUCUACAGGUGUUCAACGUGUAAUUUAUAGAGUCAUUCCAAAUGGUCGUAGUGGUUUUCAAAAAACAGGAGUACUGGCUGAAUACAUACCCAGCUCGAAUCUUUCCUUCGUGAAAAAAUGCAUAAAGUAUGAAUUAGCAUGGUUGACAGACAAAAAAAUUAAAAAAAUGGAAUGUCUCAAAACUCAGCCAAAUUGGAUGAAAGAAAGGAAAGAUAUCCUCGGUCCUUUAAAAAUGAAACAAAUAUUUCUGCCUGGAACUCACAACUCUGCAAUAUAUGAUGAGAAUGACAAGAGAACAAGUAUUAUUUCAAACUUGGCUGUAACACAGGAUUUAGACAUCCUAGGACAGUUAAUACACGGCGUACGAUAUUUAGACAUCAGAGUGGCAUACUAUCCUGAUACCAAAGAGAUAUGGUGGACCAAUCAUGGGCCAUUUUAUCGUUCAGUUUCGUUGAAAACUGUUAUAGAUCAAGUGAAAAAGUUUCUUGAUAAUACCGAAGAAAUCGUGAUAAUGGAUAUUCGUGAAUUUCCUAUUGGUUUCGAUAAAAUAUCAGUUCAUCACAAGUUGGUCUCGUAUCUGGAAAAUGAAUUUCGAAAUUAUUUUUUGCCAAAUAAUUAUGGAUGGAAUAUCACGUUGAAUGAGAUUUGGUUUUUUAGAAAACGAUUGAUAAUCGGUUAUGAGAAUAUGGAGAUUGUAAAAAGUCGUACUAACGUAUGGCCUUGCGUGUUACAUCAAUGGGGAGACGUUAAGAGUACUGAGAAACUGUAUCAGUAUUUGUAUAAAAUUGAAACUAGUAAUAGGAAUAGCACAAUAAUACCUCGAUCAGCAAUGGCAGAAUUGACCUCAGAUUUUAAACAUAUUCUUUUUAAUAGAUUAAGAAAUCUUCGAGAAAUGGCGCAUAAAGUUAAUUUAAAUGUAACUAACUGGUACAGCACUAUUUGGCAAUACACAGCCAAUAUUGUGUCAGUAGAUUUUGUAAGAAGUACAGACAUUGUUGAAAUAGCUAUUAAGUCUAAUGAAAAUCGUCAUUUAUAUUGUAGAUAAUCAUUUUAAUCAAGUUCAGUUAACUUGUAAUUAUAAUAUGUUAUUCUUUAAAAAGUAUUCUGCAAGAUCAAAUAAAUUUUACU